GAUAGUGGUAACUUCACCUACGGUGUUUUGUAUCCCAAGAAUUGCUAUAAAUUGGAACCAUUGGCAGCCUUUCAAAUCGCCAAUUCUAUUCAAUCUCCUUUAAUCGCUAGGUUGCGAGUUUUUGCUCCGGUUCAAGAUGCAGAUCUUCGUUAAGACCCUCACCGGCAAGACCAUCACCCUCGAGGUGGAGUCCUCGGACACGAUCGAUAACGUAAAGGCGAAGAUCCAGGACAAGGAAGGAAUCCCUCCCGACCAGCAAAGGCUGAUCUUUGCCGGUAAGCAACUCGAGGACGGCCGCACUCUCGCGGAUUACAACAUCCAAAAGGAGUCGACCCUCCACCUUGUUCUCCGUCUGCGUGGUGGCAUGCAGAUCUUCGUCAAGACCCUCACCGGCAAGACGAUCACGCUCGAGGUCGAAUCCUCCGAUACGAUCGACAACGUCAAGGCGAAGAUUCAGGACAAGGAAGGCAUCCCUCCGGACCAGCAAAGGUUGAUCUUUGCCGGCAAGCAACUGGAGGACGGCCGCACCUUGGCCGAUUACAACAUACAGAAGGAAUCCACCCUCCACCUUGUCCUCCGUCUCCGUGGUGGCAUGCAGAUCUUCGUCAAAACCUUGACCGGCAAGACCAUCACCCUCGAGGUGGAGAGUUCCGACACUAUUGACAACGUGAAGGCCAAGAUCCAGGACAAGGAGGGCAUCCCCCCGGAUCAGCAAAGGUUGAUCUUCGCCGGCAAACAGCUUGAGGACGGCCGCACCUUGGCCGAUUACAACAUUCAAAAGGAGUCUACCCUCCACCUCGUGCUCCGCCUCCGCGGCGGCAUGCAGAUUUUCGUGAAGACCCUCACCGGCAAGACCAUCACUCUCGAGGUGGAGAGCUCCGACACCAUUGACAACGUGAAGGCGAAGAUUCAGGACAAGGAGGGCAUCCCUCCGGAUCAGCAAAGGCUCAUCUUCGCCGGCAAGCAGUUGGAGGAUGGCCGCACCCUGGCAGACUACAACAUCCAGAAGGAGUCCACCCUUCAUUUGGUGCUGAGGCUGAGGGGAGGGAUGCAAAUCUUCGUGAAGACCCUCACUGGCAAAACGAUCACCCUGGAGGUUGAGAGCUCGGACACAAUCGACAAUGUCAAAGCAAAAAUCCAGGACAAGGAGGGGAUUCCGCCGGAUCAGCAGAGGCUCAUCUUCGCUGGGAAGCAGCUGGAGGACGGGCGCACCCUGGCGGAUUACAACAUUCAAAAGGAGUCCACCCUUCACCUGGUCCUCCGCCUCCGUGGUGGGAUGCAGAUCUUUGUUAAAACUCUCACUGGCAAGACCAUCACCCUCGAGGUGGAGUCUUCGGACACGAUCGAUAACGUAAAGGCCAAGAUCCAGGACAAAGAGGGAAUCCCUCCCGACCAGCAAAGGCUGAUCUUUGCCGGUAAGCAACUUGAGGACGGCCGCACCCUCGCGGACUACAACAUCCAAAAGGAGUCGACCCUCCACCUCGUGCUCCGGCUUCGGGGCGGCAUGCAAAUUUUUGUCAAAACCCUAACUGGCAAGACAAUCACCCUCGAGGUUGAAUCCUCGGAUACCAUAGACAACGUCAAAGCCAAGAUUCAGGACAAGGAAGGCAUCCCUCCGGACCAGCAAAGGUUGAUCUUUGCCGGCAAGCAACUGGAGGACGGCCGCACCUUGGCUGAUUACAAUAUCCAGAAGGAAUCUACCCUCCACCUUGUCCUCCGUCUCCGUGGUGGCAUGCAGAUCUUCGUCAAAACCUUGACCGGCAAGACCAUCACCCUCGAGGUGGAGAGCUCCGACACUAUUGACAAUGUAAAGGCCAAGAUCCAGGACAAGGAAGGCAUCCCUCCGGAUCAGCAAAGGUUGAUCUUUGCCGGCAAACAGCUUGAGGACGGCCGCACCUUGGCUGAUUACAACAUCCAGAAGGAGUCUACCCUCCACCUCGUGCUCCGUCUCCGCGGUGGCAUGCAGAUUUUCGUGAAGACCCUCACUGGCAAGACCAUCACUCUCGAGGUGGAGAGCUCCGACACCAUUGACAAUGUGAAGGCGAAGAUUCAGGACAAAGAGGGCAUCCCUCCGGAUCAGCAAAGGCUCAUCUUCGCCGGCAAGCAGUUGGAGGACGGCCGCACCCUGGCAGACUACAACAUUCAGAAGGAGUCCACCCUUCACUUGGUGCUGAGGCUGAGGGGAGGGAUGCAAAUUUUUGUUAAAACUCUCACCGGGAAGACCAUCACUCUGGAGGUAGAGAGCUCCGACACAAUCGAUAACGUCAAAGCUAAAAUCCAAGAUAAGGAGGGGAUUCCGCCGGAUCAGCAGAGGCUCAUCUUCGCUGGGAAGCAGCUGGAAGACGGCCGCACCCUGGCAGACUACAACAUUCAAAAGGAGUCCACCCUUCACCUGGUCCUUCGCCUCCGUGGUGGUCAGUGAGAAGCUCUGCUUCAUUUGUUGUCAUGGAGUUUUAUUCUAGUCGUUUGGGAGUCCAAAGUUGAUGAAGUGACAUGUUGCCUUUUAUUGUCGUCCGCUACUCUUACGUUUGGUUCAAACCACUAUAAUGACUUGCUUUUUAAUUAGUAUAAUGCAAUUCUGCAACUAUGUUUUCUGUU